CGUUGAUUGCCGCCUCUCGCCCGCCGGCCCCGCCCUCCGCCGCUACACUUCCGGUGGGGCUGCGACCGCGGAGGGGCGCGGGCGGGCGCGCGGGCGGCCGCUGGGGGUGGCGGGAUAGGCUGGGCGCGGCCGGCGGUGCGGGUGGUGCGGGCCGUGCCGUACAGGUCUCUGCGUUCCCCGCGGGCCCUCCGUCCCACCGGCGCCAUGGGCAAUUGCCACACGGUGGGGCCCAACGAGGCGCUGGUGGUUUCAGGGGGCUGUUGUGGUUCUGACUAUAAACAGUACGUGUUCGGCGGCUGGGCCUGGGCCUGGUGGUGUAUCUCCGACACUCAGAGACUGUCUCUGGAGGUUAUGACCAUCCUGUGUCGCUGUGAGAAUAUUGAGACGUCGGAGGGGGUCCCGCUAUUCGUAACAGGGGUUGCACAGGUGAAGAUCAUGACGGAGAAGGAGCUCCUGGCAGUGGCCUGUGAGCAGUUUCUGGGCAAGAACGUGCAGGACAUCAAGAACGUCGUCCUGCAGACCCUGGAGGGACACCUGCGCUCCAUCCUUGGGACCCUCACCGUGGAGCAGAUUUAUCAGGACCGGGACCAGUUUGCCAAGCUGGUGCGGGAGGUGGCGGCCCCUGAUGUCGGCCGCAUGGGCAUCGAGAUCCUCAGCUUCACCAUCAAGGACGUGUAUGACAAAGUGGACUAUCUAAGCUCCUUGGGCAAGACACAGACUGCCGUGGUACAGAGAGAUGCCGACAUUGGGGUGGCCGAGGCCGAGCGAGACGCAGGCAUCCGGGAAGCCGAGUGCAAGAAGGAGAUGCUGGAUGUGAAGUUCAUGGCAGACACCAAGAUCGCCGACUCCAAGCGAGCCUUCGAGCUACAAAAGUCAGCUUUCAGUGAGGAGGUCAACAUCAAGACGGCCGAGGCCCAGCUGGCCUAUGAGCUGCAAGGAGCCCGUGAGCAGCAGAAGAUCCGGCAGGAAGAGAUUGAGAUUGAGGUUGUACAGCGCAAGAAGCAGAUCGCAGUGGAGGCACAGGAGAUCCUGCGCACAGAUAAGGAGCUCAUUGCCACAGUGCGCUGUCCUGCCGAGGCUGAGGCCCACCGCAUACAGCAGAUCGCCGAGGGUGAAAAGGUGAAGCAGGUCCUCUUAGCACAGGCGGAGGCCGAGAAGAUCCGCAAAAUCGGGGAGGCGGAGGCAGCAGUCAUCGAGGCGAUGGGCAAGGCAGAAGCUGAGCGGAUGAAGCUCAAGGCUGAGGCCUACCAGAAAUAUGGGGAUGCAGCCAAGAUGGCCUUGGUGCUGGAGGCCCUGCCCCAGAUUGCUGCCAAAAUCGCCGCCCCGCUGACCAAAGUCGAUGAGAUUGUGGUCCUCAGUGGGGACAACAGCAAAGUGACAUCGGAGGUAAAACCGACUGCUGGCCGAGCUGCCGGCCUCUGUGCACGCCCUCACAGGCAUGGACCUCUCUAAGAUACCCCUGAUCAAGAAGGCCACCGGCGCACAGGCGUGAGGCUCCCAAAGACCUACACCCGUCAGCAGCCGCCCGCCUCUCCCUCCAGCACCCGUUUUCCUACCACAGCGACAACGGGAACGCUACUGACUCUGGUGCCUUAUUUUGUAGGGACCAGAAGUGCUGCGUGUUCAGGCCUUCUGUGGCUGUCUUCCCUUCUGUCCUGUCUCUAGCCGUCUCCUUCCUCUCCUCCCCCCACACCUUCACUUUCACUGCCACAUUCAUCUCGUUGGUCUCUUCCGCCUUCCUCUCCCUGUACGUCUCCUCCUUUGUCUGUCUUUUUCUGUCCCUCUCUGCUCCCACCCUCUACACACAUCAUGUAGUUUAAGCUAAAGACGUGUAUUAUAAUCACUGUCUGUCUCGGGGGGCAGUAGCCCUGCUGCUCCUCAGAAUCCUGGUGCCUUGAAGUUCUCUGUGCGUCUGUCCAUCCUCCCCGUGGCCCUUGCCAAAAUUCGGCAUGGGUGCGGAGGGUCUGGGUAGGAUGGCCACCCUCCCUUCUCUUGGCUUGGUCUUCCCAGCCCUAAACCCGACCCCAGGAAGUCCCCAGCCUCACCCGCUCCAGACCCCCUCGGCCUAGCCGGGCACUGCCCUACUUCAGCCUCCCCCAGCCCCGGGCCUGCUCUCCUACCUUAACCUCUCUCUCUCUACCCAGGGGCAGAGGCAAGGCCUCCUGUCUAUAGCAGCUCCCUCAGUUUACUACUGCCUUAGGAGGCCCCUGCUUGUGCUCAGGGAAGUCCCCUUCAUGGACAUGUCCCUACUAGGUGGAGUGGGGCUUGGUCCCAACUCUGCUAAACUCUUUUGGGAUCAGGGUCUAGCCCCACUGGGGACUAGAAGGUGUGUAGACCGUCUUCCUGCUAGGGCUGUGCUGUCCUGGGUAUCGGGCCAGGCCCUUCCAGUGGGCAGGGCUGUGCCAACCCUAUACAGAGUUGAGUGCUGUAGACUGGCCAGACUCCAUCAUAUCCCCCGUGCCAUCUUUCCUUCUGGCCAGAGUGAUAGGGUUCCAGCCAUGGGGAAGCAGCCCAGUCUUCUGUCUUCUUGCUCUAGUGGAGACAGAAGAGCCCGGGCCCAAGCAUCCUGGCAGGGAUGCUGUGGGUGUCCAGAGGUCCCAGUGUCCCACUUCUGGCUCUGCCCCAGCCUGUGUAGCUGUUCCUGCAUGUGGAUGCUGCAUGUCUGGUCUGGGGCUUGGAUGCUGCACUGCCCCAUUGCCUGUCCCUUCUGGUAAAAUAAAGAUCUGUUAUGCCUA